GCUUCACCUGAGUGAGUCUUCCUGAGGGAGAUAACUGACUUCCCCAGCACCGUGGUGGGACCCUGCCUGUCCUCGCCCUUCUCAGCUCAGCUCUGGGCCGUACUGGAGCCCUGAAAGGCGCUAUUUACCAAGCACAGCCCUGCAGAAGGAGCUCGAGAUCCCGUGAGGGAGAAGCAACCCCGCCCGGGCUGACAGGACAGGACACGACUGACUGGCCCCGCACAGGCACAUGUGAAGACCAUGGAAAACCACAUCACACAAAUUUCUCGGGAGGACCUGGACAAUCUCAGAGAGGCAUUUGAUAAAAUUGACAUUGACAACAGUGGCUACGUGAGUGACUUUGAGCUCCAGGAGCUGUUCAGAGAGGCCAGUUUCUCCCUGCCAGGAUACAGGGUGCGAGAGAUCAUCGAGAUCUUUAUCGCUGGAGACACCAACAAGGAUGAGAAGAUCAGUUUUGAGGAGUUUGUGUCUAUCUACCAGGAGCUCAAGAGUAAAGAGUUCAGUGAGACAUUUAGAAAAACCAUCGCCAGAAGGGACGGGAUCCGCUCCUUCGGAGGCACAUCUGAGAUCUCCAGUGAGGGAACACAGCACUCCUACUCUGAUGAGGAGAAGGUAGCCUUUGUCAACUGGAUCAACAAAGCCUUGGCGAACGACCCAGACUGCAGACAUCUGCUGCCUAUGAAUCCUGCCAAUGACAGCCUCUUUACCUCUGUUCGCGAUGGCAUCUUGCUGUGCAAAAUGAUAAACCUGUCUCAGCCUGAUACCAUUGACGAAAGGGUCAUCAACACCAAGAAACUCACCACCUUCACCAUGACUGAGAAUCUGGUCCUGGUGCUGAACUCAGCUUCAGCCAUUGGCUGUACUGUGGUAAAUAUUGAUGCCCAUGAUUUGAUGGCCGGGAAACCCCAUCUGGUCAUGGGGCUACUCUGGCAGAUUAUCAAGACUGGCCUCUUUGCUGAUAUUGAAAUCAGCAGACAUGAAGCUUUGAUUAAUCUACUAGCAAAGGAUGAAGAGCUGGACCAUCUACUAUCUGUGUCACCUGAGGAGCUGCUGCUUCGCUGGGUCAACAGUCACUUACACAAUGCAGGAACACAGCCAAUCAGAAACUUUAGUGAGGACAUCAAGGACUCGCAGGCCUAUUUCUACCUGCUGGACCAAAUCUCUCCCAAAGGAGAGGGAGAAGAUGAAAGGAGUAUCAACAUAGAUAUGAGCAGCCUCAACGAGCCUGAUUUGGAGCAUAGAGCUGAGUUGAUGCUGUGUCAGGCAGCCAGACUGGACUGCAGGCAGUUUGUGUCUCCACAUGACGUCACAUCUGGAAACAGCAAACUCAACAUGGCCUUUGUAGCCAACCUGUUCAACAUGUACCCUGCUCUGCACACAUCCCAGAUCAACGGCACAGAGACUGUGCUCAUAGAGGGAGAGUCCAGAGAGGAGAAAACAUUUAGAAACUGGAUGAACUCCCUGGGCGUGUCUCCAUAUGUCAACCACCUGUACUGUGACCUGUGUGAUGCCUUGGUGAUUUUUCAGCUCUAUGAGAAAGUUAAUGUGCCUGUGGACUGGAAGAGAGUCAACAGACCUCCCUACCCAACUCUGGGGGCUAACAUGAAGAAGCUGGAGAACUGUAACUAUGCUGUGGAGCUGGGGAGGACACAGGCACGGUUCUCUCUGGUGGGCAUCGGUGGAGAAAACCUGAAUGAGGGAAGCACCAUGCACACACUGGCGCUGAUCUGGCAACUGAUGAGGAGGUACACAGUGCUGGUGCUGUCAGAUCUGGGGGAUGGAGAGAAGGUUGGAGAUCAGAUCAUCCUCAACUGGGUCAACUCCACCCUGAGCCAUGGACGCAAAAACACACAGAUCAGCAGCUUCAAGGAUAAACUCAUCAGUACCAGUCUGCCAGUGAUUGACCUGAUUGACACCAUCGCUCCCAAUGCGGUUAAGCAGGACAUGGUGAAGAGAGGGGAGCUGAGUGAUGCAGACAAACUCAACAAUGCUAAGUAUGCAAUCUCAGUGGCCCGAAAAAUUGGAGCACGUGUGUAUGCACUGCCCGAUGACCUGGUGGAAGUGAAACCAAAGAUGGUGCUGACCUUGUUCGCCUGCCUCAUGGGCCGCGGCUUGAGGAAGGCUGACCACUGAAUCAGACGUAUACAGAUACAGCAGUGGAGUCUCCUGUGUAGACCAUUUUCACUUGCACUGUUUGCUUCCACACCUCAGCACUUCUUUUCCUCUGAGACAAAAAUUUCUGAUAUCGGACACCACCACUGAAUUCAUAAUGAACAUCAGAUGGAGAUUCUGGGGCCAUCAUUCAAAUUAUUCUAUAUACGCACUGCUAGAAAUAAAUAAAUAAAUAAUAUACAAAUAAAUAAACAAUAAAAUAAAUAAAUAAUACCUAAAACCUAGAAUGACCUGACCUUAAGUUCAAAAUCAUCAUUUCUUUCCAGUCCUUGCCACUCCAUGUGUCUAUGCUAUCUGUGAUGUCAGAAAGAGUCACUCAUUUUUUUCAACCGUAUAUAUUCAAGAGGAAGUCAUUGUUACGCCAUUCUACAUGAGCAGAAAAGGAUUUGGCGAAAUACAAAAAUAUACACACCCCUCUUCUUCAAGUAAAAAUUAUUUUAAGUAAAUGUUGUGUAAUGAACUUAACUGUUAUAUUAUUGAACAGAAUUCAGUAAAUAAAAUAAAUUGCUAU